UCACUGGCUUUGCGGUUGAUGAGAAAUACUUCUGCAUUUCAUUAGAGCAACUUUUCUUUUAGAGAAAGUCAGAAUCAUUUGAAUUCAAAGGGACGUGCAGUAAGAAAACAGUAAGUGGACUAUCUCUCUAAGUCCACGAUCAAAGAUGAAUGAGACCUAUCCCAAUCACAUGAAUGGACAUCGUAAUGGCAACGCAUGUGGGAUAGACUUCAAACAAGAUGGAGUCUUUCUUACAUCUCUCUAUGGAAUAUUUUUCAUUAUUGGCACUCCCUUGAACAUAGUAGCUCUGCUUGGACUCUACAAGCUCAUCAAAACAGAAAACGUCUUGCCAGUGUACGUACUUAACUUGUUACUUACUGAUCUCAUUCAACUGUUGUCUUUACCACUGUGGAUGGACUACUAUAAAAAUGACCACUACUGGCGAUUUGGACCCAAGGUCUGUCAGUUCACCGGUCUUGCUUUUUACAUCAGCAUGUAUGCGUCAAUCUUCUUCAUGUGUAUCAUAGCACUUGAGCGCCACUUGGCCAUCGCCAAACCAUUGAAGUACCGAAUCUUGAGCCAACUGAAGUUCGCCCGAUUGAUUUCACUGGGCAUAUGGGUGCUGAUCGCUGUGCCGCCGUCCGUGGCCUUCAACAAGCUUUUCCCACCGAAAGAAAACUACACCCUCUGCAUUGAGAAAUACCCCUCGGAGGGCGGCUUUAUCACCUACCGGCUCAUAACCCUGCUCCUGUCUUUCAUAAUUCCUCUCGGCUUCAUUAUCAUCCUCCACAUUAAAACCCUGCGAUCGCUGAUGGCCCUCAACGCCAUGGUCUCGAAGGAGAAGAGACGCAUCAAGAGCCUCCUCACCCUCCUGGUGGUCACGUUCAUCGUCGUUCAAGGACCCUACCACGUCACCGGGUGCAUCAAGUAUCUGGGCCUACUGCUUCAUAAGGACGCCUGUGCCUGGGAGAGAGCCAUAUUUGUGCCUUAUCAGCUGGGCAGAGGCCUGCUGAGCCUGAACAGCCUGCUGGACCCAGUGCUGUACAUCUUCCUGAGGAAUGACUUCAGGUCUGCGGCAGCCAGGUACCUUCCCUGCCUGAGGAAGGUAAACUGGGGACUGAGCCAAGCCAGGGUUUCCUGUGAGGCCUCUGAGCCAAUGGAGAAAGGCACAGGCUCCACGGAUGUUUGAGGGGAGAUGUUAUAAGAGAACGUCACAAAACUCCAAACUGUACAUCAAACUUGGGAAAAAGAAUGUCGGUCAGCAACUGCAUGCUGAAGUUCAAACGUAUGACAGAAUAGAAGAUUUUAGUUAGUGAAGUUUUGUUUUUUGUUUGUUUGUCUUUGCCCUAUGUAAAGCGUCUUUGGGUACCUAGAAAAGCGCUAUAUAAGUUGAAAGUAUUAUUAUUAUUAUUAUUAUUAUUAAGUUAUUGAUGCAAACAUUUUGCUUAAAGGAAUUUCUCUUGCGCACUCUAAAUCUCAAUUUCAUGCCUGUCAUGACCUGAAAACCUGAAACUGAUAUCAAAGCUUUAUUUGUUUGUUAAUUUUGUAUUUGUUUAAGAACGUACUUAAAAACGUUAUGAGUC